GGCAGGAGGGGGAGGGUUUAGAAGGGAGCGCACUUCCGGUGCCCUUUCUCCCGCAAGCGCUCCGGGCCCCGGACCCUCGUGGGAAGGGUGUGAUCCCGAAACUGGAGUGGGGUAGAGGCGGGCCGGCACCCGCUUCUGACUUCGGGUGCCACCGGCCCCAAGAUCGGACAUGGCCCAGAACUUGAAGGACUUAGCGGGACGGCUGCCCUCCGGGCCCCGGGGCAUGGGCACGGCGCUGAAGCUGCUGCUGGGUGCUGGGGCCGUGGCCUACGGUGUGCGCGAGUCCGUAUUCACCGUGGAAGGCGGGCACAGAGCCAUUUUCUUUAAUCGGAUCGGUGGAGUGCAGCAGGACACCAUCCUGGCCGAGGGCCUUCACUUCAGGAUCCCGUGGUUCCAGUACCCUAUCAUCUAUGACAUUCGGGCCAGACCCCGAAAAAUUUCUUCCCCCACAGGCUCCAAAGACUUGCAGAUGGUGAACAUCUCCCUGCGUGUGCUCUCUCGACCCAAUGCUAUGGAGCUUCCCAGUAUGUACCAGCGUCUGGGGCUAGACUACGAAGAGCGAGUAUUGCCAUCCAUCGUCAACGAGGUGCUCAAGAGUGUGGUGGCCAAGUUCAAUGCCUCCCAGUUGAUCACCCAGCGAGCCCAGGUAUCCCUGUUGAUCCGAAGGGAACUGACAGAGCGAGCCAAGGACUUCAGCCUCAUUCUGGAUGAUGUGGCCAUCACAGAGCUGAGCUUCAGCCGGGAGUACACAGCUGCUGUGGAAGCCAAACAAGUGGCCCAGCAGGAGGCCCAGCGGGCCCAAUUCUUGGUGGAAAAAGCAAAGCAGGAGCAGCGGCAGAAGAUUGUGCAGGCCGAGGGUGAGGCUGAGGCUGCCAAAAUGCUGGGAGAAGCAUUGAGCAAGAACCCAGGUUACAUCAAACUGCGUAAGAUCCGCGCGGCCCAGAACAUCUCCAAGACGAUCGCCACCUCCCAGAACCGGAUCUAUCUCACCGCUGACAACCUUGUGCUCAACCUGCAGGAUGAAAGCUUCACUCGGUGAGGGCCAUGACCUGCACAGCAGGAAGUUGGGGAGGCCGUGACAAUUGAGUGGUCUCUUGGGCUCACCAGCAUGUUCAUGUGGCCCUUAAAAAAACCAUUUGGGUGAAUCAAAGUUAAAAAAGUGGGAUUGUUAACCCUUACUGUCUUGCAUCUUGUAGGAUUUGAUUUUAUGAGAUCAAAUAGGAUUAUUCAUGUGAAAAGUAAUCGUAAAGUUUUGUCUAACUGGGAAGCAGUGAGGAUUAUUGCUGUUCUUCCUGGAGAGCCUUAAGUCUGCUGCUGAGCAUGGAAGGGAGGGUUAAGAAGGAGGUAGAAAACAGCGCUGACGGUCUCUUUCCAGAGCCUGCGCUUCCUGGCUUCUAGUCCUUUGUCUUUUUCUUUGGGGAGCAAAGGAGGGUUUAGAGCUGGGUGGGGCCUGAAGCUGCCAAAUCACAUGUGUAUUUCUCUUCUCUCCUGUUUCCUGUUCAUCUGGUGAUCUGGUAUUCACAGGGGAAGGUAAGUUGUUGACACAGCCUUAUUCCUAUGGGGUCCUGCAGCUCCUCUCUGGGUACCUGCCUCCCCCCAGCACACAACUUUUCCACACAUACUCCUUCAGUCUGGGAGAAGGGAGUGGCCUGGGGUGCUCUGCCUCUCACAUUUCUGUCCCCUAACAAUGCCACUCAUCCAUCUUAUUUCUGCAGUGACAGCCUCAUCAAGGGUAAGAAAUGAGCCCGGGUGACCAAGAUCUCCACCCCCAGAGAGCAAGUGGAUUUGUUUCUCCCCUGGUUUUUGAGGAGCCAGCUCCCUCCCCCCAUUCCCCUUUAUCAUGUGAUGGUCCCCUCUGCACCUGACCACCUGGGCCUUGGAUGAGUGAAGACUGACCCAUUUUCAGGGGAACAACUUUCCUCCUCCCUGUGUGGCCAGGGUUGUUGGGACAGUGUGUGAUUUCUAGAUGAUUUCCUAUAGUGUUGGUUCCUCCCUCAAAGCUGGGAGGCAAUAACCAUCCCAGGAAUUCUCAAUAAAUUUUUAUUACUUAAGCUGGAGUCAAGGCUUAACGUG